UUCCUUUUUUUUUUUAAUUUUAAGUUAAUCUGCAUACAAUGUUGAAUCGGUCGAUGCCGGUUGCUUCAAGAACGAGAAGUAGGGAGGAUGCCAAGUUGUAUAGGGAGUACAAGAAGAGGAAGGAGGAGAAGAAUAUGGCUACGGGUGAGGGUUCCAGCCGCAGUGUUAGGGGGAGUAUAUCUGUGGCUUCUCAAAAGGAAACCGAUGAAGAGCAGAUUUUGAUAGAAGAUUCUGACAGUGAAGUGGUAGAGUACCGCCAACAAGGUCAACAAGACGAAGAGGCUGAUCUUGUUCAUCUUGAGAGUAGUAGUGAUGACGAUGACGAUGACGAUGACGUUAUUGUUUCAGUGGACGGUUCUGAUGGGCUUGCUAGUGGUGAGGAUAAUGACGAUUCGGAUGACUUGGAUUAUGGGGGGGAGGACCAGUCAGACGACGAAACUGUGGGUAUUGAGACAGCCAGCCGUGUGAAACGAAGGCGUGGAGAGGUUGAGUUCGUCUCUGAGAAGAAUGGAGUGGAAAGUUGUCAAAUUUAUAACAGUCAGGGGACUCCUGUGGGACGGAAGAGAAUCAAACCUGUUUUGGUUGAUUCAGAUGAUUCUGGAGUUAAUGAAGAUGUAACCAGAACCAAGUCUAGCUGUAGAAAGGGAAGGGCCAGCUCCUCCAAAAGAGUUGACCUUCUUAAGAUUCUUACGGAUUCUAUUUUGGGAGAAGAAGACUCAGGUUCUACAUUGGAGGAGCCAUUCCAACAGGAAACCAGUUCCGACACUUUGCCUCUAAAGUUCACUUUUGGAGUUGAGGAGACGAUUCCUCCUGAGAAAACAGAAUCUGAGGAAGAAAUGGAUGCACUUUGGGCUGAGUUCCAGUUUUGUCUUGCGUCUUCUGAGAUUGGUUCUACUGAUGCUCCCAUAGUGGGAAAAGAAGAUGCUGAUGUUUCUGAGGUUAAACAUGACACAGCAACCCUCUGUCGUCAAGGGCAUCAUCAUAUUAUCCUUGAUGAAGAAAUUGGAUUGAAAUGCAAAUUUUGCUCUUUUGUACAACUGGAGAUCAAAUAUAUUGUACCACCUUUUAUGACAGAUCCGUAUGGAAAAUUUGAGAGGCGAGACUUUGGCAUGGUGGACGCUGCUAUAUUUGAUGGCCUUCAAUAUCACGACUCUGACUGUGAUAUGCCUGGUUGUGAUCCCUGGGCAGAUAUCCAAGGCACAGUGUGGGAAAUCAUUCCGAAAGUAAAAGGUCAACUGUACCCGCAUCAGCGUGAAGGUUUUGAAUUUAUUUGGAAUAAUAUAGCAGGAGGAAUAUAUCGAGAUAAGUCAAAAAACUCAUCCAAUGGUGGUGGUGGAUGCAUUAUAUCUCAUGCUCCUGGGACAGGGAAAACUCUCCUAACCAUAGUCUUUCUAUACACAUAUUUAAAAGAAUAUCCAGGUUGCAGGCCAGUGAUUGUUGCUCCUCGAAGUAUGCUACUCACGUGGGCAGCAGAGUUUAGGAAGUGGAAGGUUGAUAUUCCCUUUCACAAUCUGAACAGUCUGGAUUUUACUGGCAAGGAAAAAGCAAAGGGUAUUGGUCUUUAUGAAAAAUUUAAACAGAAUGUCCCAGAUGGACCUCUUGCCCGUCGUUUGGUGAAAUUGCUUUCCUGGAAAUCUGAUGGAGGCAUUUUGGGGGUCAGUUAUCGACUCUUUGAGCAACUUGCUGGGACAGAGAAUAAGGGGAAAAGAAAAUGUACAGCUAUAGAUAAGCAUGUCAGUAGAAUCCUUCUUGAGCUUCCUGGUCUCUUUGUUCUUGAUGAAGGCCACACACCUAGGAAUGAAGGAACUCUUAUGUGGAAGGCUUUGUCAAUGAUUAAAACAGAACGCCGGAUCAUUCUCUCUGGAACUCCUUUCCAGAAUAACUUUGAUGAGCUCUUCAACACACUCUGCUUAGUGAGACCGAAAUUUGCAGAAGGAAUCCAGUCAAGAAACCAAGAAAGGGUUGGUAAAAAUUGCCGUUUCAAAAGAAAUGAAGCAAAAGAGAAAUGGGCCUCUUUGACUGGUUCCAUUGGCAAAGUUGCUGAUAGAGAUGAAGCUGGGAAACUGAAAGAGCUUAGAGCUGUAAUUAAACCAUUUGUGCAUGUGCAUAAAGGUACAAUCUUACAAACUACCCUUCCUGGUUUGAGGCAUUCUGUGGUUGUUUUACAGCCAUCUGACCUUCAGAAGAAAAUUCUUGAGCGUCUUAAGGAAACAAAGAAUGCUCUUUUCUUAGAUUAUUAUGUGUCCUUGAUCUCCAUCCAUCCCUCUUUGUUGCAGCAGUUAUCAGAUCAGAAGGAUGUUAUGGAAAGUGUUAGCUCCAUUGCUCGCAUGGAUGAGUUAGAAAGAAUAAGACUGAAGCCGGAUAAAGGAGUUAAAACAAAAUUCCUUAAGGAACUGCUUAAGUUUAGUGAAGCUCUGGAUGAGAAGGUCAUCGUUUUCAGUCAAUAUCUUGAACCACUAAACUUAAUAAUGGAUCAGCUUAAGGAUUUUUUUAAAUGGAAGGAAGGGGAGGAGAUACUGUACAUGCAUGGAAAAUGUGAUAUAAAGCAGCGUCAAUCCUCAAUCAAUGUUUUUAAUGAUCCAACGAGCAAAGCAAGGGUAUUGCUUGCUUCGACAAAGGCUUGUUCUGAAGGUAUAAAUCUUGUUGGAGGAUCAAGGGUGGUUUUGCUUGAUGUAACAUGGAACCCAUCUGUGGAAAGACAAGGUAUAUCCCGUGCAUAUAGGCUGGGGCAGAAAAAGAUUGUCUACACUUACCACCUUAUCUCAUCUGGGACAAUGGAAGGAUUGAAAUGCUAUCGACAAGCUGGGAAGGAUCGGCUAUCUGAGCUGGUGUUCUCUUCUUCUGAGAAGGGUGAUGAUCAGCAGAAGAAAGUCUAUGAUGUUUUAGAGGAUAAAAUUUUGGAAGAGAUGUUUCAGCAUGAGAAACUCAAGUCUAUGUUUGAAAAGAUAAUAAACCAGCCCAAAGAUCUUGACUUAGUUGUAAAUUUUGGGGAUUUGUAACAAUGAUGUAUACCUGUAGAUAUUUCAUUAUAGAAGGCACUGAAAGAGUCCUAACUUGAGGAGCUGAUAUUGUUUGCUUUUUGUUUAUAUAGUGUACUGGGGUUUUAAAGCUGCAUGGAGUCUUUGACUAAAUGUGUAUGCUGAUCAGAAUUAAAUGAUGAUGAACCAAUGCAGAAUUGGAAUCCUUACUGGUGUGCACAAAUAGUAGUUGGUCUGGGUUUUUAAUCUUUAAG